AUGAAGGUCGCCAUCGUUGGUUCUGGUGUUUCUGGGCUGGCAGCAACUUGGCUUCUGAAUGAACAUAGUGAGCAUACAGUACAUCUGUACGAAGCAGACACGAGGCCUGGUGGACAUGCGAAUACCGUUCGGUUCGUUCCUCCAGGAGCGCCUGCGGACAGCGAUGGCAUAGACGUCGAUACAGGCUUUAUCGUCAUGAACCCCCCAACCUACCCCAACUUUCUUCGCUUCCUCAAGCUUCACGAGCCCAAAGACUCAGAUGUACCAUCGCAGUCCCAAAGACCUCUGAACGCAGAGGAUAAUCCCACUGGAAAGACCUCGGGCAUCAAGGUUGUCCCAACCGAAAUGACAUUCAGCGUCUCCAGCGACAACGGCGCCUUCGAAUGGGCAGGAAAGAACCUCUUCACUGUCUUCUGCCAGCCUCGAAGGCUGCUUGAUCCACUGAUGUGGCGCAUGGUCUACGAUAUCUUCAGGUUCAAUGCGUGCUCUCGGAAAGUGCUGAUGCAGAAAGACGAGAGCGGGACGGAGUUGUCUAUUGGUGACUACCUUGUGAGGGAAAACUACUCUGUCGCGUUUCGGGAUAACUACCUGAUCCCAAUGACUGCAGCGAUCUGGAGUACCCCGCCUGGCAAAUGCUUCCUCGAUUUCCCUGCAAAGACUCUGAUUCAAUUCAUGUACAAUCACCAUCUCCUUCAAAUCACCGGGAAGCCUUCGUGGUUAACAAUCGAAGGCGGAAGCCACCGCUACGUAAAUCAAAUCCUCUCCAAACUGCCAUCAUCCCAACUACAUCUCAAUACGCCCGUCGUCAGAGCCUCCACCUCGACGCCCGAAGGAGCCACUACUAAACCUAAAGUCACGCUCAGAACACAAGCAGGGGAUGAAGUCGAAUACGACCAUGUCAUCCUCGCAUGCCAUUCAGAUACUGCACUCCAGAUUCUACAAGCCGGAAAUAUCACCCCCGAAGAAGAAAGGAUCUUGGGUACCUUCCAGUGGAACCGGAAUGAGGUUGUUCUUCACUCGGAUGUUCGAAUGAUGCCGAAGAGCAAGAUGGCUUGGUCUUGCUGGAACUAUCUCACUACGAGCCAGAACGGGGAAUCUAGCGAUAUCGAUAGGGUCUCACUGACGUACGGAAUGAACGACCUCCAGCAUAUCCCCGAAUCCAAAUGGGGACCGGUCCUCUGCACGCUCAACCCACCCCUCGAACCCGCCCCAGACAAAGUCGUAGGGCGAUGGAGAUACGACCAUCCGGUUCUCGAUUCCAAGGCCGUCCAAGCCCAAAACGAAAUGCCCCAUAUCCAAAACAAACGCUCCAUCACCUUCGCGGGUGCAUACCUCAAAUACGGCUUCCACGAGGACGGGUUCACAUCCGGUUUACUCGCCGCUUGCGCCAUCGACGAAGAACCCGGACAGUUUCCUCAGUUCACUUACUCGCCCCGCAAGUCCAAUCGGCGCCGGAAGGAGGGAGAAGAUGGUCUCAUUAUACCAGUCCGCAGGAGGACGGUGAAACCCCCGUUUGAAAUUCGCUAUGCGGACCAUCAUUUGGCGUUGGAGAGGGAGGGGAGGUGGAGUGUUGAGAAUGUGCUGGCGGGGGUGUUUGAUGUUUUCGAAAGGACUGGCUUGCGUGCAUUAGUUGGUGGAUCGUUGGGUGUUGUGUUGUGGGUGUUUGGUCUUGCACUGGGUAUGGGAAAGCAGAUGGACUAA